CCCACAUUAAAUCCGACAGUCCAGAUCUCUCCCUUCCUCGUUAUAUGAUCUCUCUCUCUCUCUCUCUCUCUCUCUCUCCCAAACUUCAUUUCUCAUAAAACCCUCCCCGAAUCUAAACCUUAGGGUUUUAUAGUCUUACUGCGAAGCAGAGAAGGUUUUUACAAUGGCUUUCCUAAGUAAAAUUGGGAAUAUGCUAAGACAGAGAGCGAGCAAGCAGAUCAGUUCUGAAUUUUGUGCUUUGAAACCGUCAGUCUAUCAAGCUAUACGAUGUUUGUCGUCCAUGUCAAGUUCUAAACUUUUUAUUGGAGGUCUUUCAUAUGCCACAGAUGAGCAAAGCCUUAAGGAAGCUUUUGCGAAAUAUGGUGAAGUUGUUGAAGCAAGAGUCAUUAUGGAUCGUGAGACUGGUAGAUCCAGAGGAUUUGGCUUUGUUACAUACACUUCUAGUGAAGAGGCUUCCAGUGCUAUCCAGGCAUUGGAUGGACAGGAUCUUCAUGGUCGUCGUGUAAGGGUGAAUUAUGCUACUGAUAGGGCUCGCCCCAGCUUUGGAGGUGGCAAUUAUGGUGGUGGAUAUGGUUCCAAUGCAUAUGGUGGGGGUGGCGGCGGCUAUGGUGGCAAUGCAUAUGGUGGCGGUGGUGGCUAUGGUAACAGUGCUUAUGGUGGCAGUGGAGGAUAUGGUGCUGGUAGUAGUGGAUAUGGCUCAGGUGGGUAUGGUUCUGGUGGGAAUUAUCAAGGUGGUGGUGGUGGUGGUAACUACGGUAGUGACAGCUAUGGAGGUGGUGCUGCUGGUGGAAGUGGCGUUGGCUAUAGUGGUGGUGGUAAUUAUGCAGGUGGAAACACUUACGAAGGUGUGAACAGUGGAGGCUAUGGCAGUACCGGUGGAAAUUAUGGUGUUGCUGGUGGUGAUGGUGGUAGUGAUAACUAUGUCAGUGCUAGCACUGACAGCACUAACAUUGGUGGUGGUGGAUUUGAUGGAGGUAUUGGACAGGGAUCAGAUGGUGUCAAUCAAUUUGGUAGCAAUGAGAGUAGCAGCAUGGGUGAUGUAGCUGGAGAUUUUAACCAGGAUGAUCCAUUGGAAGAAAACCAAAGGGAUGAUGGCGAUGAGACUGGUGAUUUCGCCAAAAGAGCCUGAAAAAAGUCUCUGAUAGCAGGACUUUGAACUUGCUCUCUACCCAGUAUUAUGAGUAAACUGUUUUUUGCAUUAGUAAUUUAGUCCUCCCCUGUUCUUCACAGUGAACAAUUUAUUUUAUUCUUGUUGGAUUUGGUUCUGAGAUCUUGACUUUGAUGCAUUCUCAACUGUGUUUCCCCAAAUGAUAAACAAAAGAAACUUUCCAGCCAA